AUGAAGCUCAUCUGCGACUUGCCGUCGCCGAAGUCCCUGCCGGACAAGUACGUCUUGCCGCCAGAGAAACGCCCGUGCGACAACGAGCUACGGGACGACCUCUCGGUCGCUCUCCCCGUCAUCGACCUCCGGGGUGCUAUGGGAGAUGGCCGCCGACAGGUUAUUGGUGAGAUCAUGGAGGCCGGCAAGGAGUUUGGCUUCUUCCAGGUGGUGAACCAUGGUGUGGAGGAAGACGUGAUCCAGGGCUUCCGAGAAGCGGCCGCGGAGUUCUUCAGGAUGCCGGAGGAAGCAAAACUCAAGUACUACUCCAACGAGCCGAACAAUCCAUUCCGGGUCUUCUCCGGCUCCGUCACGUCGCACACUGACACGAACGACAUCCGCUACUGGCGCGACUGCCUCAAGCUUCGGUGCUACCCGGUUGACAAGCUGAUGCACCAUUGGCCAUUAGAGCCAGAAAUAUUUAGGGAGCGUCUUGCCAAGUACGCGGUGGAAGUGCAGGACCUGGCGCGAAGGCUCCUCCGGCUGAUCGCCGAGGGGCUCGGCUUGGAUGAUCAAUUCUUCGAGGGCGACCUCACCGGCGGGGAGACGAUGAUGAACGUGAACUACUACCCGUCAUGCCCCAACCCGAGCCUCACUUUGGGCAUCCGACCGCACUCCGACCGCUACAUCCUCACGAUCUUGUCUCAGGGCGACGUCAGUGGUUUACAAGUCAAGCACAAGGGACGCUGGAUCGGUGUCCAACCCAUAGACAACGCCUUUGUUGUCAACUUUGGGCUUCAGCUGGAGAUGGUGACCAACGGGGUGCUUACAAGCGUGGAGCACCGGGUGGUGACCAACUCGGCCAAGGCGAGGAUGUCAGUGGCGACACUUAUCAGGCCCAAUAUGGAGUGCAGGAUAGGUCCGGCACAGGUUAUGGUGGAUGGAGACACCAACCCUCCCAAGUACAGGGAUUUCACGGGGAGCGAGCUCAUCGAGGCGUAUGAGACCACUGCUGGCAACAGGGAGGCCCUGCUCGAAAUGUUCAGGAUCCAUCACACCAAAUUGUGCUAG